AUGUCGGACAAUACUAGCGUUUCUUCUAGCGGCCAGCGACCAACCGAUGCGGUAUCACCUCAAAACGAAGAGCCAUGUCCUCUCGACCCCCUGAAUUUCUCCUGUUCCACCUCCGUCAACGAGCUCGGCCUAGUUGACCAUGCCCUGCAAGGCCCGAGUAGCCAUCCCUCGAGUCAACCGGAACUGAAGCGCAUGUCCUUUGCUUCACUGCGUUCUCUGGGCUCGGUAAGCAUCGCCGGCUCUCACGACGCUGCAGCAGUCCCCAACGAAGAGCCCCUCAAGCCCGCCGCAACCUCUGGAUCACACAACAGGACAUCCGUCUCCUCGCUAGACUACCCCGCUGCACUUCGAUCGGCCCAUCUGAACCACACGUCUCACGGGCUACAAUCCGCAAGAAAUGAAGGAUCUUCAGACGGACGGCGGCUGUCCCGGCCGACACGUUCAUCGAGCAGAGCACCAAGGAGGAUGAGCGGCAGCACUGCUGCCAGCUCGGCCAGUGAAGCAGAGCCGCGGCCGCCAUUGAUUGGAAGAAUCGGUGUUUGUGCCCUCGACGUGAAGGCCCGCAGCAAACCCAGCCAGAACAUUCUGACCCGACUUCAAUCAAAGGGCGACUUGGAGGUAAUAGUCUUUGGCGACAAAGUGAUCCUCGAUGAGGCUGUCGAGAAUUGGCCUGUGUGCGACUUCUUGAUAUCGUUCUUUUCCGAUGGCUUCCCGCUGGACAAAGCAAUUGCAUAUGCGAAACUACGAAAACCCUUUUGCGUGAAUGAUCUGUUGAUGCAAAAAAUUCUAUGGGACCGCAGGCUUUGUCUCAAAGUGUUGGAUCAAAUGGGCAUCCCCACGCCAAUGAGAGUUGAAGUCAAUCGAGACGGCGGCCCCUUGUUGCAGUCACCUGAGCUUGCUCAGCAUCUUCACAACUUGACAGGCGUGAAGCUUGAAGGGCCAGAAGACGGCGUGGGUGGUGGAGCUGCCAAAACCCAAUCGGUCUCGCUAUCUGAAGACGGAGAGACGCUUAUCGUUGACGGACAGGCGAUUCGAAAGCCCUUUGUCGAGAAGCCCGUUAGUGGCGAGGACCACAACAUUCACAUUUACUUUCCGAAAGACGAACAGUACGGAGGAGGGGGAAGACGCCUCUUUCGGAAAGUGGGAAACAAGAGCUCAGAAUAUGACCCGAACCUCGCCGUGCCCAGGUCUGUUACGGAGAAUGACACUAGUUAUCUCUACGAACAGUUUCUGCGGGUGGAUAAUGCUGAAGAUGUAAAAGCUUAUACCGUCGGGCCCGAUUUCUGCCACGCCGAGACUCGUAAGUCUCCAGUGGUAGACGGUGUCGUUCGGCGCAAUACACAUGGAAAGGAACUCAGGUACAUCACAAACCUCACCAAGGAAGAGGCUACUAUGGCAGCCAAGAUUUCCAAUGGAUUUGGCCAGCGGAUAUGUGGCUUUGACAUGCUCCGCGUGGGAGACAGAAGCUAUGUCAUAGACGUGAAUGGAUGGAGUUUCGUCAAAGACAAUAAUGAUUAUUACGAUAAAUGCUCAAAGAUCCUCAAAGAAAUGUUCAUAAACGAACGCCGUCGGCGAGAUAGAGCGUUUGAGCAAUCCGAGCCACCCUCUCCAGAUACAUUGUCUUCUCGAAGGGGCGUUGCAAGCUCUCAUCGCAAUGCCCUGAAGACCGUUUUGAAGUCGCCGAGUAUGUCUAGGCUCCACAACACACAGAAUGCACAAAGGGAUUCUUUCAUGGCUCCAGAUCUUAUCCACAACCAAACACCGUCUCCCAUGGCCAAAGCCGCAAUGUCUCAGUCCCGCGAAGAAUUGCCCAUGCCAGUCAGCACCAACGCCUCAAUGACCAACUCCCCGGCUCUCUCAAUCUCCAACGAGGAAGAAGCUGUACCACCUCCAGCGUCUAAACAUUCUUGGAAACUAAAGGGGAUGGUUGCCGUCAUACGCCAUGCUGAUCGAACUCCGAAACAGAAGUUCAAGUUCACGUUCCAUAGUCAGCCCUUUGUCGACCUUCUUAGAGGCCACCAGGAAGAAGUCGUUAUCAAAGGCGAAGCUGCUCUGGCUAGCGUGUCUGAAGCUGUCCGAGUGGCCAUGGAACAGGAGCUGGAAGACAUGGACAAACUUAAGCUUUUGAAGUUAUCUCUGGAAAAGAAAGGCACUUGGCCGGGAACAAAAGUGCAGAUCAAACCUAUGUUCAGGAAGCGAAAACCAGAAGAGAUGUCUGAAGCGUUGGCGCGGACGAGCUCUCCUCAACCAAAGAACGUACCCUCAGAAGAUCCGGCAACGCCGUCGCAAGAAACACCGCUCGAUGGCGAGAAUCUGAGCCGGUCGCAAACCCGAAGUGACUCCAUUUCAGGCCCUACAUUUUCUCGGUUUUCUGCUGUUGAAAACGAUUUGAUCUUAGAUAAGCUUCAGCUGGUUAUCAAAUGGGGAGGGGAACCGACACAUGCGGCUCGAUAUCAAGCUCAGGAUCUGGGGACGACGAUGAGGGAUGAUCUGAAACUGAUGAACAAAGAAGCUCUGGACGAUGUUCGCGUCUUCACGAGCUCGGAGCCUCGGGUUAGUACAAGUGCGCAAAUCUGGGCCUCUUCAUUCCUGGAUGAGAAGGAGCUUCCAGAGGACUACAUUCAAGUACGGAAGGACCUUUUGGACGACUCGAAUGCUGCCAAAGAUGUCAUGGACAAGGUCAAAAAGAAAUUAAAACUGCUUCUUCGAGAAGGCUCUGCCCCUUCUCAGUUCACCUGGCCGAAAAACAACUUCCCCGAGCCAUCCAUUGUCCUUGCGACAGUAGUAGAAUUGAUGAAAUUUCACCGAGAUGUCAUGCGGCACAACUUUGACCGACUCUCACACUCUGACAAUAACUCCGCCAACAAUAUGCUUCCUCAGCAAAAGCCAGUUGACCCUUCUCCCCGAAACGCUGAGGGCCAGUCCCUGGAUUCUAUUCAAGGUCGUUGGUGCACAGGCGAGGAGGCGGGGCUAUUCAAGGAACGAUGGGAAAAGCUUUUUGCAGAGUUCUGCGAUACUGAGAAGGUUGACCCAAGCAAAAUCUCGGAACUUUACGAUAGCAUGAAAUUUGAUGCCCUUCACAAUCGCCAAUUCUUAGAGUGGGUUUUCAUUCCCCCUGAUGAUUUCAAUGUGACCAGCAGCGAGCUGCCAACCGGGGCAUCUCAAACACAUCAUGAAAACGAGAAAAUCGAAGAGAGGGUCGACACCAGUACUUUGGCCCAGCGAAUUGGUCUGAAGAAAAGAGCUUUGACUGCAGGGGAGUCCCGACGCCAAUUUGGACGAUUAGAGGACGCAUACGACCACUACUUCAAGCUGCAUACAAACCCGAGCUCCCAAAGGAAGAAGUCCGACGAACGACUUGCGAAGCUGCGGGAAUUGUACAAGCUAGCAAAGGUUCUCUUCGACUAUAUCACGCCUCAAGAAUAUGGAAUCAAAGAUAGCGAGAAGCUUGAAAUCGGGCUUCUUACUUCGCUCCCAUUACUUCGAGAAAUUGUUUACGAUCUCGAAGAAGUCCAAGCCUCGCAGGAUGCAAAGUCCUUCUUCUACUUCACCAAGGAGUCGCACAUCUACACGCUUUUGAACUGUAUUUUGGAAGGCGGUAUUCAAACCAAGAUUGCGCGCAGCGCCAUUCCUGAGCUCGAUUAUCUCUCCCAGAUCUGUUUCGAGUUGUACGAGGCCAAGGACAGCGAUACAGAUACUUUUGCAUACUCGAUUCGGAUUUCCAUCAGUCCUGGAUGCCAUACCUUUGACCCGCUAGAUGUCCAACUGGAUUCUCGCCAUGCGAUUGGAUGUGCGCCUCGCAGAAGCCUGACAGCACAUCAGGACUGGAAGGAGGUGAUUGAAACGCUCAAAGCAAAGUUUGACACGGUGAAACUGCCAAAGACCUUUAUCGCGGUCAAUCUGAGUGACAAGCACGCAAAGAAGCCAGCCUCCAUGCUCAUCACGCCGAGGACCUAUCAACUCGCCCAAGAAGAUAGAACAGAUCGAUGGAACCGCUCGUCCGAUAACAUACACCUGUCAGCAAGAUUCCAUUCCCUCACAGGCUGGCACGCCGAUAAAGCCGAGACUGAAAGAGCAUAUAAGAUGUUGCUAGUGCAUCAAUCGGGCUAUGUUCGUGUUGGCGAGGUUGUGAGAUACACCUUGACAUACACUCCUGACCUAGACCAAAUCCUGCCCACUCCCUCCGAGCUUCAUGUCAAAGUGAAGAAUACAUCCGCCAUUCCCCUGCGAGCCGCGUACCUUCACGGACCCUACACGCUUUACACGGCAUGCUAUCCUGCGAAUUUCGAUGCCAACCAUCAACACCAUGACGGUGAUUACAGAGAUAUCCCCCAAUAUGAACCGUACCUCAAAGCCGGCGGAAAUUGGACAGCAACAAUCCCCGUGCCGGAGGAGACACGGCUUACCGUGCCAUCGGCCACCAGGAACGCCAAUGCUGAGCGAAGUAGAAGAAGUGUAACAUGGGUUAUCGAGAUCACUUCUCAGGUGAUAUUUUCUUCUUCGGCAGCGGUCCAUUUUGAAUUGCUUGUUGGCCGUGACCGGAAAUCACUCGAGUUCGGCGUCAAUGGCUCCUUGUCCUCUUCUAGCAUACCUCCAGCGGCCCACAUGUACGACCACCAGAGCUUAAGAGGGGAAAAUCUGGUCCCAGUUAUUGCUACUAAGGGGGUGUUUUCGAAAUCGGUCAAUUUGGUGUUCAACGAUACGAAAAGCCUUUGGAACACUCCUAGUUGUCUACCGCUCAAAGAAAGAGAGAAGAACAAUGCAGGAGGAGUUCGAAGCGUGCCCGCUCAAACCCGCAACAACCCCUCGGAUUCAGCGGAAAAUAAUGCUGCAAAGGAAAAAAGAAAACGUGUUCAUCUUGUGAUAUUGACCCACGGCCUGCAUAGUAAUCUGGGAGCUGAUAUGCUCUAUCUGAAAGAGAGCAUUGAUGCCGGAGCAGCAGCAGCAAAGAAGGCGAAGAAUAGUUCGAGAAAAAAGUCUACUGGGAUUGGGAUUCAAGGUUUUGAUGGUCUAAGUAUACCCGAGUAUCCGAGUCCAUCUUCAGAUAGCGCAGAGGACGACGAGCCGGAGGGAGAAGAGGAUGAAGAAGUCAUUGUCCGAGGAUUUCCCGGAAAUGUUACUCGCACAGAACGUGGAAUCCAAUAUCUCGGAAAACGGCUCGCCAAAUACGUUCUACUUCUGACAUAUCCGGAUCAGCCUUAUCUGCCAGUCAGCAAGAAAAAACAAAAGAAGAAUGCGAAUGCAAACCCUGAGAAUUGGAUCGAUCAAGAUCCCAUUUUUGGUGACCAGUCUGGAUGCCAGGUUACUAGCAUAAGUUUCAUUGCACACUCGCUGGGUGGCCUCAUUCAGACUUAUGCUAUUGCCUAUAUCCACAAGCAUUCGCCUGAAUUCUUUGACCGCAUCAAACCGAUUAAUUUUGUCGCGCUAGCCACCCCGUUCCUGGGACUCAGCAAUGAAAACCCUGUCUAUGUCCGUUUUGCCUUGGAUCUUGGCUUGGUCGGUAAAACCGGGCAGGAUCUUGGGCUGAGUUGGACGUCGCCCAGGGUCCGAAGUAGGUGGGAUGCAGUGAUCAGUAAAUUUGCAGGUACCUCAAAGUCGGCCCAGGAACAGCCUGCGUCGGCUUCCAAGCCAUUACUGCGAAUCCUGCCUGCCGGUCCAACUCAUCAGGUCCUGCGCCGAUUUAGGAACCGGACUGUUUACUCGAAUGUCGUGAAUGAUGGCAUCGUGCCUCUACGCACUUCGUGCUUGCUCUUCCUUGACUGGAGGGGUCUGGAUAGAGUCCAAAAGGCCCGGAGAGGGAAUGGCCUCGUAGGUACAAUGGCAGAAUGGGGCUGGGCAGAGCUCACUGGAGCCAAUUCACCUUCGCCGAAUCAGAACCACUUCCCCCCGAGUCCGUCUGCAGCCCAUAAAGCGCAGACUCUUCCCUAUAUAGUUGAGAGGACGACAACACCAAGGUUGACCGAUGAAGCCGCUGUUCCAUCCUCGCCAGCUCAGCAUCAGAUUCUUGGAGCUACAAUGCACGAGGAACCAGAGCCGAUGUCGCCUACAACUGCAGGUUCCAGCUCUCCUUCCAGGGAAAACUCGUCGUCCCCAAACCCUUUCAACCAUAUCUUUACUAUGUUCCAGUCCAAGAACUCCAGAAGUUCUUCAUCUAGCAAAAAGAGCACCAAAAUCAUCCGGAGGAGCCAAACAAUUGCACAUUCCGGUGAUUCCACCGAGAUGUCUGAUCCGAUAGAUACUCACCACCAACAGCAGAUUGUCAGAGGCAGCUCAUUAUACGAUGAACAGGACCUCAGUGUUCCUCCCCGAACCACAAUCUUUGAAUCUGCCGGCGACGUGCUGAGACCCCCGUUACCUCCGACAGAAUUUAUCAUGGACCCAACAUCAAGGCCGCGGACUAUUUUUCAUGACCGUAUAUACCAUCCAGAUGAUAUACCGCCUCCUAUCCUCAAGAAGCGCGGCACCAUAUUCACCGGUUCGCGGAAUUCGCACAACAACAACAUGUUAGACGCUGAAAAUAUAGAGCAAGCAUCCGCCCGUGGCUUUCCCGGAAGUGGUCUGCGAGUGGAAGAGAAAAUAGCCAGAGCCUAUCAUCACGAGAUCUCAUGGCGCAAGGUUCUUGUACGACUCGAGCCCGACGCGCACAACAAUAUCAUCGUCCGACGCAUGUUUUCGAAUGCCUAUGGUUGGCCCGUAGUGAAACAUCUCGUGGACAACCAUUUUGGCGAUUCGUUGUCCGCAACAACGGACGAUGCGCUGGAAUCAAAUAUGGAGAGAGCGAAGCCCUUGAAUAUCAAGGUGACCGAUUCAGGAGAGGAGACUAUUGAACCAGCUGAGCGUGCGUCUUCGCGCAGACAGAAACAACAACUUCCACUUCGACCUGCGAAUUCGUCUCAAAGUGUUGGCCAGCAGGGAGAGGCGAAUGGCCAUAUAACCAUGGAGCGCACCAGUCCUAGCCCAGAUAGACAGUCACGCAGAUCGGCAGAUUCUGCGCAGUGGUCUGAUCGCUACUUUUCUGGGGGUGACUCGGUGUCUGAUGCACACAGUGACCGUGAAGACCACGACGAUGGGGAAGGGCGUGUUUAUGUUGUGUUGUCGCAUUUAUUAUACCCGCUGCCCCUCGGUACGUCAUCCGCGAUCCUCGUCAACUAUCAACUUCCACCUACCAUGCCCGAGUCAAAAGAACACGAGAACACCCCCGACCUGCAGGAAAUCCAUGAUUUCCUCGUCGACCUGGCCGCCGAGGCCGGCAAGGUGAUUACCAGCAGUCUGCCUACUAUUGACUCGUCAGACUCCAAGAAAAACAACUCUCCAGGCUCAGACUUGGUCACUGAAUAUGACAAGGCCGUGGAAAGCAUGGUCUCGCAGAGACUGAAAGCAAAGUAUCCGGACUACGACUUCCACGGCGAAGAGACAUACUCUCCCGACCGCCCACUCACCGACCAACCCACCUUCGUCGUCGACCCCAUCGACGGCACCGUCAACUUCGUGCACGGCUUCCCCAGCUCAUGCAUUUCCCUCGGCUUCGCAAUCGCACGCAAGCCCGUCGUCGGCGUAAUCUACAACCCAUUCACGUCGACCCUGUACUCUGCCAUUCGCGGCUGCGGCGCCUUCCUCAAUCGCACUACAUCAUUACCUCUAAAACAGGGCGAGCAGCUAGAAGCUCUGGACGGUCUGGACAAGGCCCUGGUAGCGCUGGAAUGGGGCUCGGAGCGCAGCGGGCCCAAUUGGGAGACUAAGAUACAGACGUUUGCGAGUUUGGGCAAGACACGCGAGAAUGGAGGCGCAAUGGUGCAUUCGAUUCGGAGUAUGGGGUCCGCGGCUUUGAAUAUCUGUGCUGUUGCGUCGGGGACGAUUGAUUUGUACUGGGAAGGGGGCUGUUGGGCGUGGGAUGUAUGUGCUGCGUGGGUUGUGCUUGCGGAGGCUGGAGGCAUCAUGGUUGGAGGGAAUAAGGGGGAUUGGGAUCCUGCAAUUGAUGGGCGAGCAUAUCUGGCUGUGCGGCCGUCGCCUGGUGGUCAGGGGCAGAAGGAGAUUGUGGAAGAGCUUUGGAGCCAUGUCCAUGGCCGCCUGGAGUACUAG